CUGGUGAUCAAAUGGACGGAUCGCAGCAGCGUUGAGGAAGCGAUCGCCACACAAAUGGCCAGAGCCGCUGGAAUGCCCGUGCCUAAAGUUCUGAAUUACGGCGAACAACUUUACACCGACUGCAACAGAAGAGUUUCUAUCCUGAUGACUCGACUCCCGGGAAUCGACUUGAAUAACUGGGAGGAUACAGAGUAUGAUCCGGAGAGCGAGGAGCCGUGGCUACAGGAGUUGAAGACGUGCGUGCAGACCAUGCGCUUGUGGACGCCCCCUUCCUCACGCCAAAAUUGGGUCUCAUCAGCGAUCGGUACUUGUCUACGAAGUCAACGCGUCCCCGAUCAUAUCAUGGGACCAUUCACAGAUCAGACACAGUUGCAUGACUUUCUGCUAUCCACGGCUUCAAAUCAUGCGUUCAAAUCACAAGCCGAGUUUGAGAAAACCCUGGCAAUGGCAAAGAAAUUGGAUCAACGAAAGUAUAGAAUGGUUUUCAGCCAAGGUGACUUAAAAGCCCAUAAUAUCCUUGUCGGUGACGAUGGUCACCUAACUGGGUUUCUCGACUGGGAGUCUGCGGGUUGGUAUCCAGAAUACUGGGAGUUUACCACGGCUAUGAGAUUCGGGAGGAAUUCCUGGUGGUUCAGAGCAGUGUCUUGGAUUGGAGGCUCUGAGUAUCUUGAGGAACUGGAUUAUGAUCGUGCUCUAAACAACUUGACGGUGGACUCUUAUGUCGCCUUCUAGGACAACAGGUGCUGAGUUUCCGAGGCGGCUGUUCAUCAGCUUGCCUUCGGU